AAUUAUUUUGAAAGUCGCUGCCCGCCACAGGCAAAUCAAUCGUACCACUUGGGGAGAAUUUUCUCAGCUCGUGAGCUGUGCCGAAGAUGAAGCUCACAAAUCACUCCGGUGUCCCCGUCUAUACGAUUGCCGGUUCGUCAACCGCGCGACCGCUGCCAGAGUGGUUGCAAAGGAAGCGCAAGAGGAGUCUGAAGACGGAUCCCGAGUUUGCCAAUCGAGUUGAGCUGCUUCAAGACUUUGAAUUUGAGGAGGCUAGCUCAUGCAUUCGUGUCAGUGAGGAUGGAGAGUGGGUUAUGAGUACUGGCACAUACAAGCCACAGAUCCAUACACAUUAUCUCCCUCACCUCUCGCUCUCCUUUACUCGUCAUACAAAUACACUCAAUCAAACCUUCCUCUUACUUUCCUCGGAUUAUUCGAAAUCCCUUCAUCUCCAAACCGACCGAUUCCUCGAAUUCCACACUCCUGGGGGCUGUCACUAUGCCACAAGAAUUCCAAGAUACGGUCGAGACCUGAUAUACGACAAGCGCUCUGCAGAGGCGCUAGUGCCAUCAGUCGGUGUCAAUGCGGACGGAAAUGGCGAGGUUUUCCGGUUAAAUCUUGAGCAAGGUCGUUUCAUGAAGGGCUAUGAACUCGAUGUUGGCGGCGACGAUUUCACUUCAAGUGGCGGUGGUGCGCUUCAGGGAGGUAUCAAUACAGGCAGCGUCAACACAGGUGCGAUUGCGGAGGAGAGCCAUAAUCUUCUUGCGUUCGGAACUUCGCUCGGUACCGUAGAAUUCUGGGAUUCUCGAUCAAGAGCAAGAGUUGGGAUUCUGGGGGCUCCGCCGCAGCCUGAAAUCUCGUUCGAAGGACGAAAUGAAAUCACAGCCCUUGAAUUUGAUCGCUCUGGUCUAAAUCUUGCAAGCGGGUCUUCAAACGGCCUGAUAUAUCUUUACGAUCUUCGUUCUCCAGUGCCGCUUUUGAAGAAGGACCAGGGUUAUGGCUACCCUAUUCAAACACUCAAGUUCCUUGCCUCCAGCACAGCUACUCGAGCUCAGACAAGCGAGCCCAAGAUCCUGUCCUCGGAUAAGCGGAUCAUCAAGAUAUGGGAUGCCCGGAACGGUGACCCUUGGACAUCUGUGGAACCGGCUGUUGACCUUCAUCACGUGGAGUGGUGCAAAGAUAGCGGCAUGUUGUUGACUGCGAACGAAGGUCGGCAACAACAUGCCUUCUUCAUCCCUCAACUCGGUCCCGCUCCCAAGUGGUGCGCCUUCUUAGAUAACCUCGUUGAGGAAAUGGCUGAGGAUCCAAACGACCCGAAUGCCUACAAUGGCCAGACCGCUGGCGAGGUCUACGACAAUUACAAGUUCUUGACUGUUCCUCAGCUGAAGUCCCUCAAUCUGGACCAUCUUGUUGGCACGACAAAUCUCCUCCGGCCGUAUAUGCAUGGUUACUUUGUUGCUCAGAGACUGUACGAGGAGGCAAGACUGAUCUCUCAGCCAGAGUCGUGGGAACAACAGCGCGCCAAAAGUAUCCAGGAAAAGAUCAACCGCGAACGCGAAUCCCGUAUCCGCGGCUCUAAGAAGGUUUCGGUCAAGGUCAACCGUAAACUUGCCGAGAAGAUGUUGGAGCGACAGGAGAAGGAAGAGCGGAGACGUGCCCGACACCUUAUUGAGAAGGGCCAGGAGCGUGCUGCUCCCGCCGACCAGGCUAUGGAUGUGGAUAAUGCUGAGGACAGAGAGAGCGAUAAGGAAGGUGGCGAAGAAGGCCUGCUUACCGAUUCUCGUUUCUCCAACCUGUUCAAGGAUGAGGAUUUCGCUGUGGACGAGACUUCGCACGAAUUCCGUGCUCUCAACCCAAGCACCAAGGUUGAGGCGGCUCCUCCUAAGCGUGGUCUGACCGCUGUCGAGGAGGAAGAACUCGACGAGCGCAGGGCUAACAGUUCGUCUGAGGAUGAUGACGAUGAGUCUAGCAGCGAAGAAGAGCGACCUCAGCAAAAAUCGAGAAGAGACGACAGAAUAUCAACGGCGUCCUACAAGAAGGCCGGCCAACGACCGGCGCAGCCACAGAUGCAGGUCUCAUCAUCAUCUCGCAAGCCCCAAGAGAGGCGAGACAGGUCUUUUGGUUCUCGCAACAUGAAGGAGGGCGGCCGGGAAAGACGUGGCAGAGGCGGCGCCCGUGGUGCUGGCGUGGUUGGUGAAAAGCAAAUCACCUUUGCACCGGAGCCUAAAGGCAAACCGCAGAGAGCGAACCGAGAGGCUUUUGACCAUGGCCGAACAAAGGCCCGUGGACCGGAUAGCCGUCGGAGUGCAAGCGGCAAUGUGUUCAGGCGAAUGUAAUAGCAUAGCAUCGAGGCGUUUCGGUAUUCGGUGGUUCGGCUUGGUUGUCAUUGAUCCAAAAGUUUGGCAGUUUCAUAGGUGUAUAGUUUGAAGCUUUUCUUUCAUUUGACGUUGAGCUAGAUGCAAAGGUCUAAACGUUAUAUAUAGAUCACUUGCAUAUUUCUUAACUUCCGUUUGGUUACUCGAUGCAAAAUGUCUAUGAACCGAACUGUCCAUCUCCUUCCAUGGCGCUAACAAGCAUCAUCUGCGGCUGCGAGCUCAAGCAGCUAGAAAUGUCACAUCGUUAGUAGGAGGCCGGUACUAUGCCCAGUCUGCCGCCAUCCGUAACUAAAACGUUUCCAUUGCAAUAGGCCCCAGCUCUUGAAGUUAGAAACAAGACAACGCCCGCCAUAUCCUCCUCGUAGCCAGAUCUUUGUGCCGGGAAUGCCGAACGGGGGAACUGGGUGUUCAUAACAGCGUCCAUGGAACCGAACAUGGCCGCAGUGAUAUCAGACGGGUA